CUGUCUUUAUUGGAUUGUUUUAGGCGAGUAGGUCAAAGCAGAUGGAGGCCACCAGAUUGUCCGCUGCUGUCCACUGAGUGUCACUGUGCCAUAUGUCCUCAAAGACGCUGGUUUUAUUACCUCCUCAUUGUCAAUGCAUCCAUAGAGAACGUAAUUUAGGAGAGAGCUAAGGGGAGGGAAUAACUUAACAACUUUACAAUAAAACAGCUGCCUUUAUUUCAGAACCACACAAAACAAAUCUAGGACCAAGACAAGUUAUCAGAUAGUUAUCAGAAAGGAUUGGUUCACCGUUUUUCAGCUCGCUCAGACAAUAUUAAUAUGAAGUCUACCAUCAUGUCAAAUGGGGCAUUCAGCAAAAAUCAGAAAAGUUGAUUUAUCAUGAUUUUUAAAGCCCUCAUACAGACUCAUUAGGAUAUAAUGGCCCCCAUCUGAGUAUCUCCACCCAUGGCUUAGAACUACCUUUGCAAAGGUGCUCCAUAUUUUUCUCACAAGCCAAUCAGAGCAGACUUUUUCAGGAGGAUGGCUUAAAGACACUAAAACGGAGCGUUUCAGACAGAGGGUGAACACAGGUACGCUAUAUUCAAACAGACAAUAGAAGAAAAAUAAUGUGUUUUUUUAAAACAUUAAAGUAUGUAAACAUGUUCUUGUAGAAACCCAACAUACAAGUAUGCACAUGAAAAUUUGCAUAUUAUAUCCCCUUUAAAACACAGCAUGGAUAUGUGGCAGAAUGGUGAAUUUCUCAAGAAAUAAAGCUAUUGGUGGAGUUGUGAUAUGGUUAGUUAUAUAUGGAAACUACAUUUUAAUGUGAAUAUGUACACACACAUCAGCAAUAAUGUUGGGUGAAACUUUUUCAUUUAGGAUCAUUUGAGCAGCUCUCCUGUAGGGGUGGGCUGGCCGUUUAGACAUCUUUAUGAGGUUUUAUUGUCAGGGAGGAGCAAAUGGAAAUGCUGAGGUCAAAAGAGCUGUUAGCAGCAUCAGAUCUCUCGAGGCAGAAGAAAGGACAGAGGAGAGCUAAAUAAAUUCUGACAUAUAACUUUUGGCAAUGACAAAAAUCUAAUAAAGUUCACUGGAACCUCGGAGAUGACCUGGGGAAGCACAGCAAGUACUGACACAUUCUGCAGUCAGGAGGACAGUAGCUCAGAGCUGGAACCAUAUUUUACUGCAUAUACGUCUUUCUUUCACAAGGUAAGAAGAUCAGCGGACGAACAGAUCGAUUGGGGUAACCGGGCAUUGACUGUUAGUGAGAUUCAACAGAAGGUUAAGGAGUAUAAUGCACAGAUCAACAGCAAUCUCUACAUGAUGGUUAAUAAAGACGGGUCCUACACUGGUUUCAUCAAGGUUCACUUUCAGUUAGUCCGUCCAAUCUCCCUCCCCCCCUCUCAGAGCCUGUGCUCAACACAGGAGGAAGAUCAGCAGGGCAGAGGGAUGAAACGGCGGACAUCUUUCUACCUCCCCAAAGAUGCUGCCAAGCACCUGCAUAUUAGUUCCCAAACACGUGUGCGAGAAGUCAUCGAGGCAUUGCUUAACAAGUUCACCGUGGUGGACAACCCGGCCAAGUUUGCCCUGUUUGAACGCGCUGAGAGACAAAGUCAAGUGUACAUGCGUAAACUGCCUGAUGAUGAGUGCCCUCUCUACCUGCGCUUGUGUGCUGGCCCCAGUGAAAAAGUCUUGAGUCUGGUUUUGAAAGAGAAUGAGACAGGGGAAGUGAAUUGGGACGCUUUUAGUUUUCCUGAGUUGUGCAACUUUUUGCGAAUCCUGAAGCGUGAGGAAGAAGAGCAUGUGCGGCAGAUUGUGAAGCGCUACGCUCUUGCUAGAGACACGAUGAAGCAGGCCAUGGCAAGGAUUACUACUCCUGGUAGUCUUUGAGCGAUUCAACUGAUCUUAGUAUUUUAAUAUGAUGAAGAAACUUCUGCCACUUUGAAUACUAUUGUUGAUUAGCAAUGUAAAAGGGAAGGAAAGAGCUCAGACAAUGACAUUGACAAGGCUUACUGUAGGCCCUGUUCAUUUUGUGCAAGCAGAGCCAUUGUUGGGAGAAUAUAUUAUCUUGGACUUAAUUGGAUGCAGUUCUUUCUUUUAAAAACGAUGCUGCUUGACUCGAUUAUUUAUAGUGGUAAUAACUUUUAAUCUUUCUGGGCAUUUAUCAUAUUUAGUUUCAUUUAUAUUCUGUGAAGCUGUUUGAAAAAUGUUGGCACUUUAAUAAACCUGUAAAUUGGAUUUUCAGCAAGUUAAAUGUGAAACAAUGUGUUUACAUUCUAACUAUUUAAUAAAGUGA